UCCUGCCCCAUGUGACUGCAAAGUUUGUGGCACUUGAAGAACACAGAAAGUGCUGACCUGCACUGCUUGCAGGUGCUUUCUCCUUGAUCUUGGAUCCUUCACUGUGAACCCUGAAGUUCUGAAGUCUGCCCGCUACACAACCUGAAGGAAAUCUCCCCUGUAACUGUUCACUGUACAAGAAAGCAUUCCACAGUAGACAAAAGCUGAAGAGUAGGGCCCGAGUCACAGCACAACAUGGCAGAGGAUGAGUAUUGUGAAGUCCACCAGGAACCACUCCGUCUGUUCUGUGAUGAAGACCAAAUUACACUUUGCAACAAAUGCUUCCAGUCCCUGGAGCACCACCGUCACCUGGUCUACGGAAUACAAGAGGCUGCUGAGAAGGCCAGGAAAUUGUUCCAGGAAAUACUGACUGCACUAAGGGAGAAGCUUGAAGUGGCCAGAAGUAUCCUGGCUGAUGAGCAAGACAGAAUGAAGAUGAUUCAGGAAGAGGAGCAGAAUCUUACAGAGAUAAUUGAGUCUGAAUAUGGGCUAAGGUUCCGGUUGUUGACUGAAGAGAAUGAGCUGAGCUUGCUGAGACUGCAAGGGUGCAAAUUUGACUUGAACUUGAGAAAAGCUAAGCAGAAUCAACGGAUUAGAUUUUCCACUGAGCUGGAGAAAUCCCAGGAAGCACUGCAGGCAGAAAAACAAGCUUGUGAAGACAUGGUUGAAUUAGGCAGCAAGCAAAGGCACCAGAUGUUGAGUAGUAAUAAAGAAGUGCUUCUGCGGAGACUGAGCUGUUUGACCCGAGAGAACAUGACUAAACUGAAGGAGAGCGAGGCCCGGGUCUCAGAGCAGCAAUGCAGCCUCCAGAGGAUCAUCACUGAGCUGGAGAAGGAGUGCAAAGAACCUGCCUCAUCACUACUGCAGAAUGCAAGAUAUAAUUUAGAAAGGAGUGAGUCACUAUUGCUUCAGUGCCUAAAGUCUGCUCAUAUCACAGACCUGAGUUCUUGCCAGAUAAAAGGAAUGAGCAAAAUGCUAGCAGUGUUCCAAAGACAUAUAACUUUGGAUCCUGAAACAGCUCAUCCCUCCCUGGUCUUAUCCAAGAACCUGAAAAGUGUGAGACUCAGAAAUAUCCAGCAGGAUGUGCCUGGAAAGCCAUGGAGGUGUGACUUUAGUGCCACUGUGUGUGCUGCAGAGAGCUUUUCCUCGGGGAAGCACUACUGGGAGGUGAAUGUGGAAAUGGCAUCCAGGUGGCAACUGGGUAUAUGCAGUGUUACAGACAGAAAGGGCAACAGGAUGGAAGCAUCUGGAAAUAAAGUCUUACUCAUGGGAUCCAUGAUGGGGACUGAUUACACCUCAUGGGUCUUUCCUCCUUUAAAAAAGAUCUACUGGGGGAAGCAAACGCAUAGAGUUGGAGUCUUCCUCGACUACGAGUAUGGGCAGCUGUCAUUCUACGACGUGACAGAGAGCUCCCUCAUUUAUCAUUUCUCUCACCUCACCUUCCAAGGAAAUAUUAAGCCUGUGUUUGCUCUUUGUACUUCAAGUGGAGACUUGAAUUCAGAUUCUCUCACUGUCUGAAAUGUUUACAAUGAACUCUUCAUCUCCUGCUAAAUAUAAGAUCACAGGAGAUCAGAAAACUAAGGGCAAAUCUCUAUGAAGUAAUUAUCUAAAGUAAUUCAAUGUGAUACUCCAAAUCCCUGGCAUUGAUGUGGUUUCCAACACCUGUUUAAUGGAAGAGAUUGUAUUAUAAAUUAUAAUAACAACUCUAUACACUAAUUAGAACAACAAGUGUGUGCGCAUCAUGAACAGGAGAUAGUAGAGAAGAAAUAUUAAGAGUCUGAAGAUCUUAGUACUAGCAAUGGGAAGGACUAUAGACAUAUUUCUGAAAACACAGGCAGACUUAAGUAUAUUCAAGACUAAAAAACAAGAUGCUAUGAGUGUAGCCAUCUAGGGUCAUACUGAAUGAAAGUGGUCACAUUGAAACAUCUUAUUGCUAACAGUGAGUUUCAAGGCUUCUUAGCACUUAUCCUUACGUGUAAAGAAGAGUAGCAAUCUCCCUGGAGAUUUUUAUCUGAUAGCAAGGAGGUGUCUCCCUCUGUAAAUACGCACGUAUACUCUGAUAGAUCAGGGAAGCUUUUGAAUGAAUAGACUAUCAUGGUGGAUCUAGAUAAUUAUAGUCUUGUUUAUUUGACUACUAGAGACACACCUUAAAUUGACUUCUUAAAAAUGUUAACAACUUCUAAAAUAUUUCUUUUCUUUUUUUUUUAAACUUCUCAACUUUAUGUACCUCAACUCCUGGUACCAGAAGAAACAAUAAAGUAAGAAAUAGACAAUGAUAGUUGGUGUGCUCAGUGGCCCUAGCUUUUUGUGCGGCCUGCAAGUUUACAUUUCAAAAGGUAAAGAUAGGGAGGUGAUGUUGUAGACUAGAAGUAGUAGGAAGCAAACUUGGAUGAACCUUGUUUGUAACCUCAUAAGUCACAGGCUAGCCUGCAUACUAUAGUUCAAGAUUACCAAUUAGAGGUUGUUUUAGGAAGAUGGCUUGUUCUUAACUGAAAGAAAUGGUAGUUUGGCUGAAACAAUCUAUUUGAGGCUCAAAGAAGAAGAAAGAAGUGUUUUUUUUUUUUAAUCUUGUAUAACAAGAUAAAGAGAACAUCAAUUCAUGAGGACUAGAGAAAGAAUUUAAAACUUUGAUUUGUUGGAUUUCCUGAGUGGAAAGUGAUAAAACACUAUCAACGAGACUCUGAAACUUAAAAAAAAAAAAAGGAUAUAGGUAGGCAAUGAGAAUAGAUGGAGAUAGUUGUAUUUUAGUUGUUGUCUUGACAAAUUAUGAAGUGCUUAAAGAGAAUGAAACUUCUGCCCUGGAGAGUAUCAAGUGUGAGACAGAACUUACCUCCACAUAGCAAUAGAUAGCAAUAAAUUAAUGCAGUAGGAAGUAUAAAAAGAAAAGAUAUUAAAUGUGAAAUUACAUACAUUUUUAAAAUAAUAAUUUCUUGUAGACUUGCUAUCUACCAGAUACAAUUCCAAGUGCUUCUUGUUACCUAAAGUAGUUCUUUUAACUCGCAGAGACCUUUUUCCUUAGUUUUGUUGAGGUGGAAAUAGAGCCAAUAAGUUCACAAUCACCAAAUAGUGAUAGCUCCAAAUCCUUGAAAAAAACAGUCUCUAUUCACAGAUUUAUCUACAUAAAGGUAUUCAAGGUCAGAUGACUGAGGUUGCCUGGAGGGGAAGGUGAAAGUAACUGGAGGUUGGCAAAGAUAGGAAAGUUAAAGCCAGAUGGAGUAGCUCAUACCUGUAUUCCCAGCAUUUGGGAGGUAGAGGCAGAAGGACUAGCCUGGAUAGAUAAUAGUGAUACCAGGUCUCAAAAAUGAAACAACAAGAAUUUUAAUAGUUAAAUCUACAUUUUUAAAUGCAAUUGAGGGAAAUAUUUCUGUAAAAUAUUUUUUAAAUGUGUUUACAUUUGUAUAA